AUGCCACCGAAAAAGUCUUCUCAACAAUCUGGCGAUGGCGCCUCUGGAACAAGUGUAAAUCUACCAUUUAUCUCGGCGGAAAUCGGAAAACUUACUAAGCUUGACAUUAGCAGUUGUUCUCCUGAAGGAUUUGAGAUAUGGAAACAACGAUGGGACUCUGUUAUGACGAUUACUCGGUUUUAUGAACUCUCAAAUGAAACUCAAAAAGCUCUCUUUAUUAAUGUACUUAGUGAUGAUACUAUCAAACGAAUGAACAACUUAGGACAACAAGAUGUUCAAACUCUUAUUGAAUCUUUUAAACGCCAG